AGAAAAUUUGUAAAAAAUAGCAUAGAAAAAUAUUCGGCAAAAUAAAAUUUGCAGUGAUUUUGAGAAAAAUAAUAUAAAUUUAAAUAAAUUAAGCAGAUAUCAUGGAUUUGGUUAUUACCCCAGAACCGCAUUACAUUCCUGGCUAUACUGGUCAUUGUCCACAAUUUCGUUUUCGUGCGGGUAAAACAUAUGGAAAAUUAACGCAUAAAUUACUUAUCGAUCCCUGUGUCAUACAUGCACCCGAAUUAAUUGUGACACCUUCAAAUCGUGCACCAAUUUCAUUGGUCUACCCGACUACACUAGAAACAGAGCUCCUGGAUAGACGUGAAAAAUAUGUGGAUCCCGUUUAUCGUAAUCCUAUAAUUCCCGGUUAUGAUGGUUUCGUACCAAAUCUGGCAUCGAAAGUUGGCAAACGAUACAUUGCUGCGGCCACAGCUGGUAUGGCUGAACAUGAACUACUAAUGGAUCAGUUACGUUGCGAACGCAGAAACUUGAUGCAUCGAGAUCUUUUGGGUAGUGGAUUUGGUGUGUUUGAAAAUAAAAUGAACGAACGCAUGCUACCUUAUACACAUUAUCGUUCGCCACUGAUGCCGGUGAAUGCGCGUUCGAAAGCCUUUAAAAAAUUGGACUGUAGUUUUAUGGAGAAAAAAGAGCCAUAUUCCAAAUCGACUGUACCACACUUCAUGGAAAACGAUGAUGAGGAGAAAUAUAUUGUUAAUGGUUACGGUGGUCAUAUACCAAUGGCGUUGACACGUUUUGGCGAAACUAGCAAACAAUUGACUAACAGUGCACUAUGUGAGUUCACCAAUAAUUACCAUCACAGAAGAAGUGCUGAGUGGUGUCCACAAGAAAAUGCCGGUAUUGGGAGUUCUUGCCCGAAUACUGGUCACUUUGUUAUCUAUCAUCGUACAAUUGGAAUGGUGCCGAAAUAUGCAGGUCACGUACCAGGAGAAACUUUCACAUUCGGGCGUACGUUUGGUGAUGCUACUGUAGAUGCAAAGCAUUGGCUGGCACUGCAUAAGGACUAAUCAAAUAACUAUGA